CAAACAAGCCCUCAAGGUUUUAAAUAACAAGGCAGAACAACAACAUCCGGGAACGUCAUUUCCGCUCAGUACUAGUCAAACAUGGCGCUGCUUCUAAGGACGUUGGCCCGCCAGGGUGUCUCUGUCACCCGACCACACUACAGUGUCCUCUACAGACAUGCUGCUCCAAUGGGAACCACAGCUAAGGAGGAGAUGAACAAGUUUUGGUCCAAAAAUGCCAGACUGAACAGACCCAUGUCUCCCCAUCUCACCAUUUACAAGUGGUCCGUACCCAUGAUGAUGUCAGUCACACACAGAGGAACUGGAGUGGGGCUUAGUGGAGCCAUCUCCGCCUUUGCCCUGGCAGCGCUGAUAUUACCAGGAAAUUACCCGUACUACUUGGACUUGAUCCACUCGCUAUCCAUCGGGCCCUUUCUCAUUGGGCUUGCCAAGUUCGGAAUCACCUUUCCCGUAUCGUACCACACCUACAAUGGCAUCCGCCACUUGUGGUGGGACAUUGGCAAAGGCUUCAAAAUCCCAGAGGUCUACCGCACCGGCUACACAGUUAUUGGUCUGUCCAUCAUCACGUCCAUAGCUUUGGCUGCUAUCUGAGCACGGAGACGAGGAGAGAUGAGCAGAAGCGACAGCAGAGGAGCGAGCUGGCGGGAUCGUGGACUGGAUUCACUGUGGGAGUUUUGUGUAUAUGUUCUGUUCAGGCCUACUGCAGGCCCCGUGUCAUCAAAGUAUUAAAUAAAAAAAUAUAUCAUGCUGUA